AUGGUGAGAUACGCUGCCACUCCCUCUAACGCGUCCAAAGCUGCCAAGUCUCGUGGUUCCUACCUCCGUGUUCACGCAAGUAUCAAUUCUAUACAACAAUCAUUCAAGAACACCCACGAAGUAGCAGCUGCCAUCAAGGGCUUGAAGUUGAGCAAGGCUUACAGCUACUUGCAGAACGUCACUGAGCACAAGCAGGUCAUUCCUUUCCGUCACUUUAACGGUGGUGUCGGCCGUACUGCUCAGGCCAAGGAAUUCAAGGCUACUCAGGGUCGCUGGCCCGUCAAGUCGGUCAAAUUCGUUACUGACUUGUUGAAGAACGCUGAAUCCAACGCUGAGGCCAAGGGUUUGAACGUUGAGGAGCUUUACAUCUCCAGCAUCAUUGUCAACCAAGCUCCCAAGCACCGCCGUCGCACUUACCGUGCUCACGGUAGAAUCAACCCCUUCAUGACCUCGCCCUCCCACAUUGAGGUUAUCCUCACCGAGAAGGAAGAGGCUGUUGCCAAGGCUUCCGAGAAGAACGUUGCCCGUUUGAACAAGCGUCAGUUGGCCCGUAACGCUCGUCUU